AUGGCUCCAGCACAUUCGCGCACCGGGAAGCCCCAGAAGCCUUUCCGUCAAAACAAUAGAAGCUUAAAGCGAAAGCGAAAUGAAGACGACCUCAGCAGCCUGACACAGCGAGUCGGAGAGCUCAACCCAAAGUCCCUCGCCGAGUCAUUUUCAGAACUCCCGCUUUCAGAUGCUACGUUACAAGGUUUGUCGGCGUCGCAUUUCAAGACGUUGACGGACAUACAGUCUCGUGCGGUCCCUCAUGCGAUCAAGGGACGAGAUAUUCUCGGCGCGGCGAAGACAGGCAGCGGCAAAACGCUCGCAUUCCUAGUUCCUGUCCUGGAGAAUCUGUAUAGGAAACAAUGGACCGAAUAUGAUGGGCUAGGCGCCCUAAUCCUCUCCCCGACCCGCGAAUUGGCAAUUCAAAUCUUCGAAGUUCUCCGCAAGAUCGGUCGGUAUCAUACAUUCUCGGCCGGGCUGGUCAUUGGAGGAAAAAGUCUACAGGAAGAACAAGAGCGCUUGGGAAGGAUGAAUAUUCUCGUUUGCACACCGGGGCGCAUGCUGCAGCACAUGGACCAGACGGCGGCAUUUGAUACGGAUCAUAUUCAGAUGCUUGUUCUCGACGAGGCGGACCGGAUCAUGGAUAUGGGAUUCCAGAGCACCGUGGACGCGAUUGUUGAACAUUUACCCAAAGAGCGACAGACGAUGCUAUUCAGUGCUACGCAAACAAAGAAAGUGUCUGACUUGGCUAGACUGAGCUUGAGAGAUCCAGAGUAUAUUUCUGUGCACGAGGCGGCGAGCAGUGCGACACCUGCGAGUUUGCAGCAGCACUACGUGGUCACGCCGUUACCGGAGAAAUUAGAUACGUUAUGGAGUUUUAUUCGGAAUACGUUGAAAUCUAAAAUACUGGUGUUCUUCUCCUCCAGCAAGCAGGUGCGAUUCGUUUACGAAGCGUUUAGGCAUAUGCAGCCUGGUAUACCGUUGUUGCAUCUUCAUGGGAGGCAGAAGCAAAGCGCAAGAAUAGAUAUCACGAGCAAAUUUUCGAGGGCGAAGUAUUCGUGUUUAUUCUCCACCGACGUUGCAGCCAGAGGGCUGGAUUUCCCCGCGGUUGACUGGGUUAUUCAGCUGGAUUGCCCAGAGGAUGCUGACACUUAUAUCCAUCGGGUUGGUCGAACAGCGAGAUAUGAACGGGAUGGGAGAGCAGUGUUGUUUCUAGAUCCAAGUGAAGAGGAAGGUAUGCUGAAACGCUUGGAGCAAAAGAAAAUACCCAUUGAACGGAUCAAUAUCAAAGCGAAGAAACAACAGAGUAUAGUGAACCAGCUGCAGAAUAUGUGUUUCAAAGAUCCUGCGCUGAAAUAUCUGGGACAGAAAGCGUUUACAUCCUAUGUCAAAUCAGUACAUAUCCAAAAGGAUAAGGACGUGUUUAACGUGAAAAGUUUGCCGCUGGAAGAGUUUGCAUCAAGCUUAGGGCUUCCUGGAGCCCCGAGAAUCAAAUUCAUCAAGGGAGAAGAUACAAAAUCGCGGAAAAAUGCGCCUAGACACCUUGCGGUGGUUCCUAGCAGUGACGAAGAUUCAGACGAAGGGCUCACAAAAAAGAAGAAAGAGAACGAAGUACGGACGAAAUAUGAUCGUAUGUUUGAGCGGCGAAACCAGGACGUGUUAACGGAGCACUACACUAAAUUGAUCAGGGAUGACGACGAGAUUGAUCCGGAUGAAAAGGACAAUCCCGCCGCUGAUGCAGACGAAGACGACGGGUUCCUUUCUGUCAAACGACGCUUUGAUGCUGGGGAUGAAAAUCUGGGUGAAGGCUUAGGAUCCGAGGACGAAAUUGAUGGCAUAAAGAAAGGCAAAGCUGUGCAGAUCGUCGGCAAAGAACCUCUAAUUAUCGACUCUAAGCGACGAGAAAAGCUUCUUAAAUCCAAGAAGAAAUUACUGAAAUAUAAAGGCAAAGGGACGAAACUAGUGUACGAUGACGAGGGUAAUGCGCAUGAAAUCUACGAGAUGGAGGACGAGCAGCAAUUCAAAGCCCAAGGUGAUGCGGACGCUCAGCGUGCUAAGUAUUUGGAGCUGGAGGCAGAACGAACCAGGUUGGCGGAUAUCCGUGACAAGGAGAUCGCGAAACAGAAGAAGAGAGAGAAGAAGGAGAAACGAAGAGCAAGGGCGCGCGCCGAGCGGGAGGCCGAAGAUGGUCCCGUGGCUGUACUUGCUCCGUAUGAAGAAGACGAGGGUGUGAGGGAGGACGAUUUCUCUGCUGAAGACAGAGGAUCCGAGGAUGAUCGGGCACCACCGAGUAAGAAGCAGAAGAAAUGGUUCCAGAGCGAUUCCGAUGUGGACGGGGAAGACGGCGGGAAGAAGAGGAAAUGGCCUCGUGCACAAAGCCCGGCACAGGUUGAGACGCUUGAAGACCUGGAAGCUCUUGCUGCUGAAUUAUUGGAGUAG